AACUAGCUCUCCCUUCUCAUUCUCAACCUCUCUGCUCUCUGAAAUCUCUCGCUCUCUCUCUCUGUGUCGGCGCCUCUGAUUUGAGGGCACAGCGAGAAACAGUGACGACGAACCAUCAUCAACGCUCGGUCCCUCUUUGUGGGUCUUCUUCUCUCCUUUGAAAUUUCCCUUCUUCUUUUCUCUUUCUUUUGCAGGAUUUCGACCCAGCUCCUCUGCUGCCGGGACCAUGGCUUCACCGGGCGAGAAGGGUUCUCUGGAUCCUUACCAGGAAUACCUCCACCAGAAGAAUUCUCGAGAAAACGGCUUCUUACGACUUUUCUGUCGCCAUUCUCUUAUAACAUUCAUCGCAGACAGAGAGAAACCAUACGUUGGAUAGAUUCAUCCCGAACCGCUCAGCUAUGGACUUCGACUACGCUCGUUCCCUCUUCACUCUAGGGAAGAAGUGGAAGGAGAAGUCUGCCGUGAUGUCAACAUCAAGUGACGCGUACCAGAAAUUUCUCGCGGAUGCACUCGACAUGAACCGAUCCCGCAUCUUGGCCUUUAAGAACAAGCCGCCAAGCCCGGUAGAGCUAAUACCACAAAGCUGGCUCUCACCCGCUGCUUCCCAGUCUAAAUCCGCCAAGCCCUGUCGAUCGAUACCCAAGACCUGCCAGAGGAUGCUUGAAGCCCCUUAUAUAUUGGACGAUUAUCACUUGAACUUGCUGGACUGGGGUGCCAACAACAUGGUAGCAAUUGCUCUUUCGCAGUCAGUGUACUUGUGGAAUGCCUCCAACGGCUCUGCUACAGAACUGGUGACCUUCAAUGACGAGGAGGGUCCUGUCACGAGUGUGAGCUGGGCUCCUGAUGGUCAGAAUAUUGCCAUUGGCUUACAAAAUUCUCAUGUCCAGCUAUGGGAUUUCUCUGCUCAAAGACAGCUGAGAACUUUUAGAGGAGGCCAUCGACUCCGAGUUUGUUCCUUGGCCUGGAACAAUCACAUACUCACGACAGGAGGUAUGGAUUGUAAAAUCAACGAUAAUGAUAUAAGAAUUAGAUCGCACAUAGUUGGAACCUACAGGGGGCAUCGCCAAGAAGUUUGCGGGCUGAAGUGGUCGCCCUCGGGAAAACAGCUGGCUAGCGGAGGAAAGGAUAAUCUCCUCUACUUGUGGGAUAGGUCCAGAUCCUCUUUGAAUUCAGGCACUCAGUGGCUUCACAGGAUCGAAGACCACACGGCUGCUGUGAAAGCCCUUGCUUGGUGCCCGUUUCAGAGCAACUUACUGGCCUCGGGAGGGAGCGACAGGUGCAUAAAAUUUUGGAACACGUGCACGGGCGCGUGUCUGAAUUCAGUGGACACCGGUUCUCAGGUGUGUGCGCUGCUGUGGAGCAUGAGGGAGAGGGAAUUGCUAAGCUCUCACGGGCUUACUGAGAACCAGCUCAUUCUUUGGAAGUAUCCAUCUAUGGGAACGAUGGCAGAGUUGACUGGACACGCAUCUAGGGUUCUGUUCCUGGCACAGGUAUUACUUAGUCCGGAUGGAUGCACGGUGGCAUCUGCAGCAGCAGAUGAAAAAUUGAUGUUCUGGCAUGUAUUCGGGAUACCAGAAUUGGCUAAGCGGGCACCCAAAACCUCUUCUGAGCCAUUUGCCCAUUGGCACAGUAUCCGCUGAACUCUAACAGAUUGACUGGUGGUCAUAAUUUUGCCACUGCUGCCCAAGACCAGGCUAUUUGCUUAACCAACAUUGGAGAUGUGUUCUUUUGGAGCUGCAAGUUGAUAUUCAGACGGGAGAUUGUCGCGUAAGUGUAGCUGCAAACUGAUUGGCCAUAUAUAUUCAAUCUCAAAAUUGCUCUUUUUUCUCCAUUUAAUGUCCGUCUCUUGUUUGGAUUGGCUGGAGACCACGUGGCACGUGUUGAUGAUUGCAGUAACUCUUUCAAAGAAGGAACUGGACACAUCGGCUGUUGUUGAGUUCAUGGUAUCAGCCUCCAUUGCCUGUUGAGAUGGUGAAGACAUCAUCAGAGCUGUAUUCUGAGGGAAGUACUUCAAGAAAUCAUUAUGUCGCUAUUGUCUACCAAUGACUGUUAUGUUGUUUCUCUAGGUUUCUUCUAAUUAUAUUCCUCAUGUAAAUAGGCAGAUCACCUAGUGGGCGAGGACGAGGUUGCGGCGGCAGAGGAAGACCAAGAGCUAGAGGUAUUGCAUUCACAAAACUGAACAUUUUUUUAGAUCACAUGGAAGGCUGUGUUUUAGAUAUAGGAUCUUGCAUCAUGGUUAACUAAAUUGUUGUCAUAUUCUGUUGUAAUAGCACCAAAAUGCUAAUGUACUCCUUUGAGGAGUAUGCCGAUGGGCACAUACCCUCUGCUGCAUCUGCAAUCCUCUAAAUGUUUGCUUUCUGGUUCCAACCUAUAAUAUUGCUUGUUUCAGGGAAUGGCUUUGUGAAUUCUGAGUAUAAUGAUGGAGGUUGGGGCUGCAACCAGGGUUAUGCUAGAGGUAGGGUCAAGGAAAGAGGACAUGGUUUUUGUGGCUGCGGAAGGGGAGGAUAUAAUGGACCUCAUGCUGAUCCACAGCAAGACAGAGGAUACAAUCAAGAACCACUUGCUCAGGAGAGGAGGGUUUAAUUGGCCGAUACCGGCGGAAACGAACAGAUAGCUCAAUUUAGAAGAAUUGAAGGUGUAAUUUUUCUUCUUUAUGGUUUGGUUUGAGCAUGGCAUGCUCAUCGUUUUGUUUUACAGUUACUCGGCUUCCUCAAAGAAGGAAGUUUGUGGUUUUUACUAGAUGAUCUUGUAAUGCCAUCGAGGACUAUCUUAGCUAUUUCCUGUAUUAAAUGGUCUCUUUCAUUUUGUGAUA